UAUUCAGCUUUUAAUAAUAUCUCUGCUGUUGCUCUGUUAUAGUAUUUGUUGACACUCCAUUAAUUCAGGUUGGGAGUGUCUAUUUAGGACAGAGACCAGACGAGAAAACCUCGAAGAGUUCUGUAAUCAAGAGAGUCCCCAAUCUAUCAGUGGUUUCCAAGGGUUUUUCAGUUCUUGGCUGGCAGGAAUUAAAUUACACAAGGUACGGAUGCAACCAGGCUUGGAUGAGAUCACAAUGACGGCGUGGAAGAAUCUGAAACAACGGCUCUCAUUCAAGGGCCUGGGUGGUUGCUGCGGGAGCACAAGCUGGAUUUCCAGAAGUACCACCCAAACCAUGCCCUUUAUCGAUAUAGAGGAAGAAGAAGAGGAAGAGCCCAUCAUGCAAAACCAAGCUCAAAGAGGAGGAGCAGCAGCAGCAGCAGCGCCAGGUGCUGGGAUGAAUCUGGCAAUGGCAUUAGCUGCUGAGCGCAAUUUAGGGGAUUCAAAUGUCAAGACAUUGAUGAGUUUGAUCGAAGAAACGGACGGUGUUGAUUGGAGGAAGAAGAAUAACAGUAAUGAUAAAAGUAGGAGGGACAAGGAACAGGAACAGAAGCAGGAAGAAGAGAAGGAUUGGGUAUGCUGCGUUUGCAUGGAGAGAAAUAAAGGCGCGGCUUUUAUUCCAUGUGGACACACCUUUUGUAGGGUUUGUUCAAGAGAAAUGUGGGUUAAUCGAGGGUGCUGUCCUAUCUGCAACCGUUCCAUUCUCGACAUCCUUGAUAUCUUCUAGUAAUCAGCAGAGGCAGAGAAGAUUCUUUCAAUGUCUUGUCUUCGAGUUCAAACCCAGGUUUGAGCUCCAUCAUUUACUGCAUUCAUUUAAGGAAGUGUUCUAAGCUUUAAGUUCGAUACAUGAUUCUGGAUAACGUACGAAAAACAUGUUUCUUGCCUGGUACAGGUUCAGAAUAUAUAUUUAGUAGAUUGUUUCUUUCCAA